AGGAAUGUAGCUUUCCUCUGCACAUACCCACGGAAUCCCAAAAGACGAACAGCUGUAGGUAAUCAUCCAAUCUCUUUUCAUCCCCGACUACUCACUGUUGUCAGUAUCACGAUUUAUCAAGUCAGCAUGCGCCCAUUGCAUUAUGCAGCGCUACACCUCCUGGCGGGCGUAUGCCUUGGGGCCCCUCGCGUGACGGAAUCCGUGUUCGACCUUGAUGUGGAUGACCCGUGGGAAUCAUUGACUCGUGCGGAUUCAAGUCUGGAAUCCGACUUUCUCUGCGAUUCAGCCGGGAUUGAAGAUCAGCAUCUCCUUUCCGAUGAGGAGGAUGCCUUGCUUGCGGAUGACAGCUACCCUGCAAACAACCUCAUCUUCCAAGACCCUCACCAAGUCCCAAUCAUUAGGCCAUCGUCUCCGUUCUAUCCCUUGGCAGAAUCAAAAGUCUCUGUGCAAAUCCGAGGGAUCCCCAAAGGCAAGGCAAAGAAAGUUAUUCUCGAGACGCCAGAUCUUGGGCAGUGGAAUCUUUCCGUCACUGCCCGAGCUCCUAACUGUCCUGAAACAAAGCCUGGUUCCACCAAAUUGCGAUGCCAAUGGGACAGCUACUACUAUACCCGCUGGACUCAGUUCACCUUGCAACUGGGAGAAUACAGCGACUCAAAGAUCGACAUCCCAAUUACCUUGAAAACAUAUGUUGGAGAUACCGUGGACACUACCAAGGGAAGGAUUCAGUGGACGGUGCGCCAUCCCAAGGCAUACAAGCAGACGGAGCCCGACAAGUUUCCCCAGCCGCGCACACUGGUGGUAAAUGCCUUGCCAUCCGCAGAGAGUGAGAAAAAACGACUGCGGCAGUGGUUUAACUGGGCCGAUUUCCAACCGACUGGGUUCUACCUCAAUCCCAAUACCCCGCUCAAGGUCCUGUGUUCUUCGCAGCAUAAAUCGGGUCCACAGCCGCAGCUUCUGAUCGGGACUCCUGCGUUAGGGGAUCCUGAUUCCGAUAGAGAAAGCAGGCCAAACAGCUUGGAAGAGCUCCCGCCAUUAAAAGGCGGCCUCAAUAUCGUAUCAAGCCCGAUUGGUGGCAUCAUAUAUGUACGAUAUACUUCCGAUUCCGAUACCUGGCCACGCCCUGAUUUUAUCCACCUGAGCGGAGACGCAGCUCAGCCCAUUCCCUUCUUUAUAGAAGGCCAGACCACAGAGCGUCAAUGGAAACAAAUGCUCGAUCUUACCACGAAAUAUGCAGACAAGGGUCAGGACCAGCAGAGCCUUCUCGAUACCCAUGCAGAGAUCAUCUAUGCUCAGAAUAAGAUGAGUGGUCUCAGUUUCGACGCUUCCGAUCCUCGGGAUAGAGCGAGUGAGCUUCGACCGAUGGUAGUCGAAACCAAACGCGGAAAUCCCAAUGCGUACACCUACCGAGCUGCCAUGCCGCCUACAUAUGAUGAUAGCAUCUGGUGGGUGCCUAGAGUCCGUACUUCAUGGGGCAUGUGGCAUGAGUACGGCCACCAACGACAACACGUUCCAACAUGGAGUUGGUCCGGGCUGGCAGAGGUCACGGUCAAUAUCUACUCUCUCGCGGCGAUGCGUCACUUUGAUCCCAAUGCCCACCAGGAUGUCAAGUAUUGGAACGAGGCGAAGAAGUACCUCGCCGAACCCGAUAGUAAAAAGGACUUCGACAAUGGUGCUUUUGAAGGGUACAACAAACUCUACGUCAAGCUCGUUAUGUUUGAGCAGCUCCGCGUGGUCUUUGGUGAUCCCUUCUAUCAUCGUCUGCAUCAAGUUUCUCGGCGGACAUCCGACCAACCGCAAGCUGACAGAAAACACUUCUUCAUGACCACUGCGUCGGAGGUCACAGAGGUUGAUUUGUCUGAAUAUUUCAUUAAAUGGGGCCUAAAGCCCGAAAAACGCUCCCUCGAUUCCAUGAAGAAACACCGCAAGCCUAGCGAGGACUACACCAAACGGCCCGUUUUCGGAGGAGAGUAACGGAAAGAACAGAAUGGAACAUAUGGGGCAUGGACAUUGUAUGCAAAUCUAGUUAACUGGCCUCAGGGUCGUGGCGCGGACUUAUUAUGGUCACUUAAAUCAAG